CGGUGACCCCCUGCUUCCCCUCCCGCGGGCGGCGGUGUGAGCGCGUCAUGGCCGCCUCGAAGCCCGUGGAAGCGGCGGGCGGCGGCGGCGGCGGUGCGGGGCUGUCCCGCUGGCAGCUGGCGCUGGUGCUGGGCGCGCCCAUCCUGCUGGGCGCCGGCGCGCUGUACCUGUGGGGGCGGCGGGCGGCCCGCCGCGGUGGCAAGGGCGCGAGCGAGCGGAAGACCCCCGAGGGGCGGGCGAGCCCCGGGCCCUGCGGCGGCGGCAGCGGCGGGCAGCCCGAUGGGCCCGGCCAUGAGGACAUGAGCCCUCUUGAUAGAGCCCAAGCAGCCAAGAACAAAGGAAACAAAUAUUUUAAAGCAGGAAAAUACGAGCAAGCUAUUCAGUGUUAUACUGAGGCUAUCAGCCUGUGCCCUCCUGAGAAAAACCUUGAUCUUUCUACCUUCUAUCAAAAUAGAGCUGCUGCCUAUGAACAACUGCAAAAGUGGACAGAAGUGGCACAAGACUGCACAAAGGCUGUUGAGCUUAAUCCUAAAUAUGUAAAAGCUCUCUUCAGACGUGCAAAGGCUCAUGAGAAGCUAGACAACAAGAAGGAAUGUUUAGAAGAUGUCACUGCAGUCUGCAUUUUAGAAGCCUUCCAAAACCAGCAAAGUAUGUUACUAGCUGAUAAAGUUCUUAAACUCCUUGGAAAAGAAAAGGCCAAAGAGAAAUACAAGAAUCGUGAGCCUCUGAUGCCCUCACCACAGUUCAUUAAAUCCUACUUCAGUUCUUUCACAGAUGAUAUAAUCUCCCAACCUUUGCUUAAGGGUGAGAAAUCAGAUGAAGAUAAGGAUAAGGAGGGAGAGGCUUCUGAAGUAAAAGAAAACUCUGGCUAUUUAAGAGCAAAACAAUAUAUGGAAGAAGAGAACUAUGACAAAAUUAUCAGUGAAAGCACAAAAGAAAUUGAAGCAAAGGGAAAAUACCUGGCAGAAGCUUUGCUUCUGCGAGCUACGUUCUACUUGCUUAUUGGCAAUGCAAAUGCUGCCAAACCAGACCUAGAUCAGGUCAUCAGCAUGGAAGGUGCAAAUGUGAAGCUCCGAGCUAAUGCUCUGAUCAAACGAGGAAGUAUGUACAUGCAGCAGCAGCAACCUGUGCUGUCCACUCAAGACUUCAACAUGGCUGCUGAUAUUGAUCCUCAGAAUGCAGAUGUUUACCACCAUCGAGGACAGCUGAAAAUCCUGCUUGACCAAAUUGAAGAGGCUGUGGAAGACUUUGAUGAAUGCAUCCGAUUGCGACCCGAUUCUGCCUUGGCUCAAGCACAGAAAUGUUUCGCUUUGUAUCGCCAGGCUUAUACAGGAAGUAAUGCUUUGCCUGUGCAGGUAGCCAUGAAAGGCUUUGAAGAUGUUAUAAAAAAAUUUCCAAAGUGUGCUGAAGGCUAUGCACUCUAUGCUCAGGCACUAACUGAUCAACAGCAGUUUGGCAAGGCUGAUGAAAUGUAUGAUAAAUGCAUUGACCUUGAGCCAGACAAUGCCACUACAUAUGUUCAUAAAGGUUUACUUCAGCUCCAGUGGAAGCAAGAUUUAGACAAAGGGUUAGAACUCAUAAGCAAGGCCAUUGAAAUUGAUAACAAAUGUGAUUUUGCAUAUGAAACCAUGGGAACGAUUGAAGUGCAAAGAGGUAAUCUGGAUAAAGCCAUUGAAAUGUUCAACAAAGCUAUCAACCUGGCCAAAUCUGAAAUGGAGAUGGCCCACCUCUACUCACUCUGUGAUGCUGCCUAUGCCCAGACAGAAGUUGCAAAGAAGUAUGGAUUGAAACCACCGACACUGUAAAGAAACGAGGAGGAAAUGACCUUCUAAAGUGAAGUUGCCCACUUCAACCAGCCCUAAAGACACUGUUGCAGACCAUGUUGAAUGGUGGAACUUAGUUUUUUCCCGUUCGUGGUGUUGUCAUUUGCUACAUCUGUUAAAUGUUUAGGUGUUGUGGGAGCGGUUGUUCAAGGAAGUAUGCAGUGUUGCAUCUUGUUCCUUCUGUGGCAAAAACCUUAACAAGCUGCAGCGGAACAAAAGAAAGAUACUUUGGCCAUGCAAAUAAAAACUUCACGCUGGUUCAUUUUGGGUGAUGAUGUUGUGGGCGAUUUUUGCUUUAUCAAACAAUAUUACAGCAUGUGGGUUUUUUUCUGUUGACUUUAAAAGUAAUACUAGUUCGUGCUGUAAAAUAGGUUUCUUUUUUAUAUGCAAUUAAUCCUCGAGGGUUGAUUUCAAUUUUGCAAAAAGGAAAAAAAUUAUUUUCAAACUGUUUAAUAAUAGAGGUUUUUUUAAGUCACUAGAUGUGGAGCGAAUCCCUGUAAAUAUAUGCAAGCAUGUACAAUCUUCCCUUAAAGCCCCUCCCACCCUCUGCAUAACUUACUUAGGAAUAGUCCUGUGGCAGCUAUUAGGGAAUUAAUUUGAUAGCCCUUAUCCUCACCCCAGAAAGCCCUCGUGUACUGUCUAGGAGAGCUAGUCAGAAGGCUGGGUGGAGAAGGAGGCUGGGUGACCCUGCUUCAGUGCAGGUUUCACUGGAAGAAUGGCUGCGUUCCUGUGCAGCAGUCCAUGCUCGAAUGUCAUGGGAAAUGGGUCUGGAGAAUUCAGAGGGGUGCUAAAGAAUGGAAAGUACUGCUGGGAGUAGAGCUGCUAAGGUAAGGUCAUGCUUGCAUAUAAUCUUUGUAAUCUCUGAGGCUUAAAUGUAACAGCUGAUCAACAGUCUACAUUCUCUUCAGCCUCCUAAGAGACUGCUGGGUUCUGAUCUGCUCCUUGUAGCAACCCCUUUGCAGGACUACUUGAGACAAGGAACAAAGCACAGGCUAAAAUUUCAAGUAAUGGAUUUAGAGUCUGUACUGGUUUCCUUGUUCUUUGGACCCGGUCUUGUCCCAGAUUACAAAUACUGUAAAAAGGAAGCAACUGUUCUGCAAAUAGCAGAUUGUCAAAUUAUUAAAUAGCAGUAUAAACUCUCUUCCCCUAGCUAGGAACUCCAAGGGCUCUUUUGCUUUAGGUUGAUCUUUCCAGUAUGGAAGUCAGUCCACCUUGCCUCUCCCUGCAUUGAUGUGGCUGGAUAUAUCUCAUGCAAAUACUUAACUGAUGUAGCUUAAUUUAUCAUAUACUAAUUUGGGCUUCUUUCCAUCCUGAAAUCAUAGAUUUGCUUGCGUCUAAUGUAUUUCCUCUUUUAAAGAAGUGAAUCAUGCCGUGGUCAAACUGUCUUGCUUCCUAGUUGUGCCACCACACAGCAGCAGCUUGUAUUUUCAACUUGACCUUCCUUUUUCCCAGCAGCUCCAGUGGAGAAUUCCAAUGAUGGAAAACAGAUACAAAGAUUUAAUCAUUCUAUUUUAGCUAGCUCCGUAGGUGAUCCGCAGUCGUAGUGUUGGUGUAGCAUUGAAGGCAUCGGAAGGUGCUCGCAGCCUGUGAGGGCACCGCACGUGCCAAGUUCAGAUGUCUUCUGGAACUUCCGAUCUCUGCAUUACCUGAGAACAAAACCACGCCAGACCCAUGUGUCCUGUUCUCCUGGGGAGUUUUUAUUUGCAUGGCCUUACUUACAUUGGCAUUUUCUCCUCUUCACCCUACCCGUACCCCACUCCUUACCCCACCCAAGUCAAUUAAGGGAAAAAAGCAUGUGCUGUCAGAUACUAGCAUUCCAAACCAUCACAGACUUUUGCCUGUUCUUGAACUAGUUUGAAACUGCACUGAAAGGAUGCAUUGUCUGUAAUUUUUUUUUGUAAAUGAUGUAUCACCUGUAAACUGAAAAAAUAAAUAUUACCUUCAAGUA